CAGUAACCCGUGAAGCGAGCCUCAGAUUUGACUAAACUUUGCUUAUAGUGUUCGUCUUAGCAGUUCAACUUUUUAUUUAUUAUUUUUGCUUGUUGUGUAGCUAAGUUGAGACAAGAUGCCACCUAAAAAACGCAACUCCGCGACGACACAGAGCAAAGAGCUAAGGCCGAACGCUGACAUCGUUUCUGCAGACAGAAAAGAGAGCCCAGAUUUAUCUGCAAAAAAGCACAGAGACAAGGAUGCUGAGUUUGUGUUCCUGUGCAAAAGCCUCCAUGUGACAGACACAGUGUGUGAUCGGGCCUGGGCCCUGUGGAAAGCUGUCCAAGACUCCAUGGAUCAAGUCCCUGACAAUUCAAAAAAGGUGUGGGGGGCGUGUCUGUUUGUGGCAGUGACAGACAUGGACGUCACCUGUUUUACCUUAACUCAGGUUCAGAAAGCAGUGAAUUUAAAUGUGAAGGAGUUCUUUAGUCUGGUGAAGAAGCUGGAUGUGAACUUGGAUACAAUCAGCACCAGGGUCGAUUCUGUGCUGACCAGAUUGGAAAACAAAUAUGAAGUGAUGCUGGCUCUCUACCAGAGGUUUGAGAAAACUUGCAAGAAAAUCUUUGCUUUGGAUUCUGAUGAUAAGGAGAGGGAGACCAUAGAGAGCUGUUGGACCAUGUUUCUUUUGGCCAAAGGAAAGGCCUUGCAGAUGGAGGAUGACCUGGUGAUAUCGUUCCAGCUGCUGCUCUGUGUGUUGGAGUUUUUCAUUAAGCGCUGCCCUCCAGAUCUGCUGCAGCCUCCAUACCAAUCAGCCAUCAGCAAAGCUCAGGGCCCCCCAACACGAACAUCUCGUCGCAACCAAAGCAAAGCCAAACUCCGGCCUGUGGAGCCGGAGCUGGAUGUGCAGCUUCUGGAGACUUUGUGUGAGGAGAAUGGAUGCAGCGCAGAGGAGGUGAAGAAUGUAUACCAGACUAGUUUCCUGGCUUUCCUUGAUUCAACAGAUCUUUCAAGAUCACCAGAUUGUCCUCAGGUGAAAGAUCUCAGCCAGCAGUAUGAAGAACUCUACCUCAGGAGUCGAGACUUUGAUGGAAGACUGUUUUUGGAAGGAGAUGAGACUCUUGCACCUAAAAUCAACAUAACAGAGGUGGAGCGAACACCAAAGAAAAAUCUUUUGGAAGAUCAGGUGCUCAUUCCUCCCCAAACUCCAGUCAGAGCUGCCUUGAACUCCAUUCAGCAGCUGAGAGGUGAUCUCACUUCCAGUGGGGACCAACCAUCUAUGAACUUGGCUACAUAUUUUAAAAAUUGCACCAUUGACCCCACACAGGAUGUGCUGAAGCGUGUGGAGAUGCUCGGACAGACGUUCAGCCAAAAGUUUGGUCACGCAGUUGGUCCACGCUUUGUAGUUCUUGGCAAGCAGAGGUUUACGCUUGGUGUCAGACUGUAUUACCGAGUAAUGGAGUCAAUGCUGAAAUCGGAAGAGAAGAGACUCUCUGUACAAAAUUUCAGUAAACUACUCAAUGAUUCCACAUUCCACACAUCACUUCUGGCCUGCGCUUUGGAAGUUGUCAUGGCAACAUAUAGAGGGAGCAGUUGUAAGCCUGGAGGACACAACACUGGAAGUGGCACCGACUCGGCGGAAACAGACUUGUGUUUUCCCUGGAUUCUGGAUAUGUUCAAUCUUGCCGCGUUCGACUUCUACAAAGUUAUUGAGAGCUUCAUUAAGGCAGAGCCAACACUCAGCAGAGACAUCGUCAAACAUCUGGAGACCUGCGAGCAUCUCAUCAUGGAGAGCAUCGCAUGGAGAACAGGCUCCCCUCUCUUUGAGCUGCUGAAACAGGCGCAUGAGGAGGGCGCAGCGGAGCAGGUGGAGGCUGCAGCGACUUUUAAUCAACCACUACAGCACAACCACACUGCAGCUGACCUGUAUCUGUCGCCUGUGCGCCCUGGUCUCCCUGGCCUCCCUGUCUUACCGCCAGAUGCUGCAGCCACACCCAGUCUGCCAUCUGCCUCUCAUCCUCCAACCCAGUCUGCUGCCCAGACCGCUGGUCAUAGCCGACCUCCAAAGUCAAACUCUCUCAGCCUCUUCUACAAAAAAUUGUACCGUCUGUCCUACAUGAGGCUGAAGACACUCUGCUCCUACCUGUUGUGCUCCCACACUGAUCUGGAACCAAUUAUAUGGACGCUAUUCCAGCACACUCUGCAGCACGAGUACGAGCUGAUGAAGGACCGUCACCUGGACCAGUUGAUGAUGUCAGCCAUGUAUGCCAUAUGUAAAGUGAAAAACGUGGAUCUGCGCUUCAAGACCAUAGUCACGGCCUACAAGAACAUGCCCAACACCAACCAGGAGACUUUUAAGCAUGUGCUGAUCACGGACGAUCACUAUGACUCCAUCAUCGUCUUCUACAACCAGGUGUUCAUGCAGAAACUAAAAACCAACAUCCUCCAGUAUGCAUCUACCAGGCCUCCUACACUCUCUCCAAUCCCACAAAUACCACGUAGCCCCUACAAGUUCCCCAGUUCACCUCUGCGUGUGCCUGGCAGCAACAACGUGUACAUCUCCCCUCUGAAAAGCCCUCGCAUGUCCCCGGGUAUCAUGACUCCUCGAUCCAGAAUGCUGGUGUCCAUCGGUGAAUCCUUUGGGCCGUCCAAUCGGUUUCAGAAAAUCAACCAAAUGGUCAACAGCAACGAUCGAGCUGUUAAAAGGACUUUGGAUCAUGGUGCAACUCCCAAGCCCCUGAAGAGAUUAAAGUUUGAUGUAGACGGCCAAGACGAAGCUGAUGGAAGUAAAUCCGGUGGGGAAUCGACACUAAUCCAGAAACUCGCAGAGAUGAGCUCCACUCGAACUCGCAUGCAGGAACAAAAAAUGAAAGAGGACGCGGAACCCAGGAAGGAAUAACUCAAAUCUCAAAAAAGUGUACAUUUAUUACUUGAUUUUAGUUUAUAUUUAACCUUUUCAUUAAAAUCUUAGUAAUAUGUUAAAAAGGAGGACUUUCUCUUCUUUUAUGUUGAUAUUAUAACUGAAUUUUUU